UGGGAGAAAAGCUCCUCCUCCGUCUUUAGUAGCUCACCUUCCUGUUUCACCUCAGUUACUUACUGAAGUUCGGUCUCACUCCGCGGGGAUGUGCCGCCGUCUACCUGUCAGGCAGCGGAGAAGGAAUACCUUUAUUUAUUCAUAAAAUGUGUUUUGUUACAGGACUUCGGGACUUGCCCGGGAUUACUUUUCUGAGUUAGACUGCGUCUCCUCUCUUUUUUUUUUCCCUUUUCUUUUCUUUGAACAUAAAUAAAUAACGUUUGCACCGCUGUAGUAGCGGGACUGAGGACCACCGCCAUGCCCGACGUGUCGAAGAUGAAGAAGCCCGACGUGAAGCUCGUCCUGCUGGGCGACAUGAACGUGGGGAAGACGUCGCUGCUCCACAGAUACAUGGAGAGGAAGUUCAAAGACACCAUCAGCACCGUCGGAGGGGCGUUUUUCCUCAAGCAGUGGGGGCCAUACCACAUCUCAAUCUGGGACACAGCGGGUCGGGAGCAGUUUCACGGUCUGGGCUCCAUGUACUGCCGGGGUGCAGCCGCCGUCAUCCUGACCUACGACGUGACGAACUGGCAGAGCCUCGCUGAGCUGGAGGAGCGCUUCCUGUCCCUCACCGACACGGCGAACCACGACUGCAUCUACGCCCUGGUGGGCAACAAGGCAGACCUGACCGAUCCCAAGGCCCACCUUUGCCAGGACUCGGGCGGGCUCCCCGAGGACCGCAGGACCGACUGCGAGGAGGAGAGGACAGAACCACAGGUGUUGUCCGCCUGCCCCACUCCCCCUGCGUCCCCCGCCUCCCUGUCCGGUUUGCUGCUCCACAAGCAGGUGGCGCGGGAGGACGCGGUGGCCCUCUACGGCAGAAUACUGCGGUACAAAGGGCUGGACGAGAAGAGCAGCCUGCCGGCGGACAAGAUGUGCUUCGAGACGAGCGCCAAGACCGGCUACAACGUGGACGCCCUGUUUGAGACGCUGUUCGAUCUGGUGCUGCCCUCCAUCCUGAGGAAGAGGCACGAGGACCAGGCGUCUCCCACCGUGGAUCUGGAGGACUGCAGGGAGGGGAGCGGGAAGCGGGUCAGAGCCAGCUGCUGUUAGCCAGUCGAAUCAGAUCACGGAGGCCUCCGCCUGCAGACGGCUUUUAUCAAGCGGCACGCUGGUCUGAGCACCACGACCUCACCGUCAUGGUACCAGGUUUUAGUCCGCCUCGGCAGCGACUCCACGACAGACACGUUUCCCAACGAUGUGAAGCUCCGGUUUGUGUAGAGACGUUUUGAUAGGAAGGGAAAUGUGACUUAAAGCAACAGGACCUUCCACUUUAUCGACUGAAACUGCACUUAGGUAUCCCAAAGAUGUGCCUGUGGCCAAAUAAACCAUUAAGAAAAUAAAUAAGUGAACUACUGCUGUUUAUAGAUGUUUUACUGUUAAAUUGUCACUAAAAUAACUGCACUAAUCAUUCAUUUCACUGUUUAUUGGUGAACUUUGAUUCCACUUCACUUUAAUCAAACUGUUUUCUGUCUUUUUUUUUUUUUUUUUACAAGUAUUGAUGCUGAUCUUUAUAUUUUAUGCAAACUGAGUGAAUGAGAAAAUGUCAGUGUUGAAUUUUUUAAAAAUUAUAUAUAUAUAUAUAUAUA